AUGGAGUCACCUAUGGACUUAGUAAAUCAGGAAAUUUCAAAGGGUAUAGUAAUAGCAGCGAAGAAGCAAUGGGGUGUAACACCUCCAAUAUCUGAAUCUUUACCCACUCCUCAAGACUAUAAACUGACAGAACAGCUAAUUAUUGCUAUGAGAAGUGAGAAUUUAUAUGAGACAGUUGAAGGGAUGAAAAAACGCGAACAAAUUUUAGCAUCAUUAAAUAAAAUGGUCCGUGAAUGGAUCUAUGAAGCAAGUUUAGAGCAUAGUAUGAGUGAAGAAGAGUCAUUAACAGCUGGAGGAGGUAUAUAUACAUUUGGUUCUUAUCGUUUAGGUGUUGUAGCUGCAGGAUCAGAUAUUGAUACACUAUGUAUAGUUCCAAGGCAUAUAACUCGAGAUUCCUUUUUUACUUUUUUCUUAGCAAAAUUACAACAGGAUAUUCAUAUAACAAAGAUUCAACCUGUACCAGAUGCUUAUACUCCAAUUAUUAAAAUGGUAUAUUAUGGAAUUGAAAUGGAUCUAUUAUUUGCGUGUUUAAACUUAUCACGUAUUCCUAGUGAUUUAAAUACUUUAGAUGAUGAUCUUUUGAGAAAUGUAGAUGAGAAGACAGCUAGAUCACUGAAUGGAUGUAGAGUAAAUGAUAUGAUUCUUCAAUUAGUCCCUAAUAAAGAAUCAUUUAGGACAGCUCUACGAUUUGUUAAACAUUGGAGUAAAUCAAGAGGUAUUUAUAGUAAUGUUUUAGGUUAUCUGGGUGGUAUAUCAUGGGCAAUUUUAACAGCUAGAAUUUGUCAAUUAUAUCCAAACUCAGCUCCCAAUCAAAUUAUAAACCGAUUUUUUUAUGUAUAUAAAGCUUGGCAAUGGAAAAACCCAGUUAUAUUGUGCGAAAUUAAAGAGGUCCCAAAAAAUAGUCCAGGUCUUAUGGGGUUUAGAGUUUGGAAUCCAAAUACAAAUCCACAAGAUAGAGCUCAUUUAAUGCCUAUUAUAACACCAGCAUUUCCUUCUAUGAAUUCUACACAUAAUGUGACGCAAACUACACUUCGAGUUAUUACAGAAGAAUUACAGCGUGGAUCUGAAUUAGUGAAAGAAAUAGAAAAUGAAAGAGCACAAUGGAGUGAUUUAUGGAGCCCUUAUAUGUUUUUUGAAAAUCAUAAACAUUUUAUACAAGUAAAAAUGCUGGCAAAUAGUGAACAAGCAUUCCAGAAAUGGACAGGAUGGAUUGAAAGUAAAAUCCGAUUUUUGGUUAGAAAACUAGAAACAUUUAAAGGACUUCAAGUUAGACCAUGGCCCAAAGUUAUACAAGAAUCAGAUAACCAAAAAGAUGGUUUUCAGUUUGCCCAGUGUAUGUAUAUAGGAUUAGUUUUAUGUACUACUAGUGGUAAUAAUAAUGGAAAAUCUACUGGGAUAACUCCAGUUGUAGAUUUGAGAGGGGCUAUUUUAGAUUUUGUUGGUUUCAUAAUGAAUUGGAAUGAAGUAGAAAUUUAUAAGGAUUCUAUAGAUCUUAAAGUAAAACAUUUAAGAUUUAAAGAUCUCCCAAAGGUUCUUAGAGAACAAAAUAAUACAAAAGUACUUAAUUCUAAAGGAACUAUUAAAACAAUAACAGUAGAAAAUAUAACAUCUGAAGUAGUUGGAAAUUUUGGGUCUACUACUAAUUCUAACAAUAAUAGUUCUAUCCCUAAAAUGGGACAAACUACAAAUUUAAAUUCAUCCCAACAAUCAACAACACCUUCAACUAAGAGAUCAAGAGAGGAUGAAUCAGAGGAUAUAGAUGAUCAGGAUUCAUCUAGCAAGCAUAGAAAUAAAGAUAUUUUUGAACCUGAACAAGUUCAGAAAUUAUCAAUAAGAGACCCAGUUUCAGAAGUUGACACAGUUAACAUAAAAGUUAACUCAGCUCGUGUACCAUACCGUCCCCCUUUGACUUUAAGAAUAAAUAUAUCAAAUGCUAAAGAGUGA